CUUUAUGAUCAUGUUUAGAACAGCCAGUCUCCUAUUUUCUGUUCACACAGUUUCUCUUCUUUUUCUUCAGCUUUCAAGUCGUUUGCAAACUUCCUGGGCUACUUCCGAAUGUACUCCUUCUUGUGGCAACAUUAAGAUAAGCUCUCCAUUUCGUUUACAAGGAGAUCCUGGACAGUGCGGCAACAAGAGCUAUGAGUUAUCUUGUGAGGCAGACGGUACCAGUCAAUCUCAUCAGGCCAUAUUAUACUUGUUUUCAGGAAAAUAUUACGUACAGGCAAUCAAUUACAAUAACUACACGAUCCGACUCUUGGAUGCUGGUGUUCACAAGACCAAGGGCAACCACUUCUCCAACCCAGUUUACUCUUUAAGCUUCUUCAACUUUACUAGUUCUGAUGAUCCUUCUAUCAAAAGAGAUACUAGUUCUGAUGAUCCUUACUUCUUAUCCUACCCAUAUAGUGUGUAUCCAGAACCAGAACCUUAUCAAUACGUUGGUGGGGUUCCAUUAACAGUGUCUCUAAUUUUCCUGAGCUGCACAAAUCAAAUGAAUCAUUCCGAUCUCUUUGUUGAAACAGCUCCAUGCAUCAAGAAUACCGGCAUCCACUCUUCCUCUGAUUCUUCCCUGUCCACAGUGUAUUCUUAUUUCAUGCUUGGGCGCUUGAAUGAUGAUGGCUCCCCAGAAGAUUUGAGUCCGGCUGAAUGGGGGUUGUCCUGCAAAAUAACACUCAUGGCUCGUGUGUCCCCCCCUCCCACUCCCACUGACAAGUACAGCAAGUCGUGUCAAGGCAUAUAUAAACAACUAGCAUAUGGCUUUCAACUCUCAUGGGUUCGUUAUGGGUGUAGAGAAAACUGCGGACCAGAUAACUUCUGUGUGUUGACCCACGACAACAUUACCAGAUUUGAGUGCUACAAAGGGAUGCCAGAUCUAGUCUUUCUCUCAGAUCCAUCUCAUUCUUUGGUUAUCGCUGAAGACAGCGAUUUUCUCUUAUACUUUCCGCCGCGGUUUAUGAAGUGCAACAUCGGAUUGUGUAUCGUUUUCGUUCGUGGAGAUCAUCAGAUCGUGGAGAUCAUCAGAUCCAUAAUCCAUAAACUGGUGCCAUAUCCUGUACGUGCUGCUUUCGACUACGUGAUGCUUGGGCCUUACAAGCUGCUUACGUUAUUUGUGGUCUUUUAUAGCGGAAUAUUCGCAGCAGCAAAACUUUCAAUUGGCUUUCCAUUUGUAAUUGCAAUACUAAUAUACAAAUGGCGAAGGAGGCACUUGUCAAUGUAUGACAAUAUUGAAGACUUUCUGCAGAGUAACAAUAAUCUCAUGCCAGUAAGGUACUCUUACUCGGAAAUCAAAAAGAUGGCUAGCGGAUUCAAGGACAAAUUGGGUGAAGGAGGCUUUGGCACCGUGUACAAGGCAAAGCUCCGCAGUGGUCGCUUUGUGGCCAUCAAGAUGUUGAGUAAGUCCAAAACUAAUGGGCAAGAUUUUAUCAAUGAGGUUGCAACAAUCGGAAGGAUUCACCAUCUUAACGUGGUGCGACUUAUUGGCUUCUGUGUUGACCGUUCAAACCGUGCACUUGUUUAUGAUUUCAUGUCAAAUGGCUCUCUUGACAAGUACAUUUUCUCUCAGCAAGGUGCUAUCUCCUUAAGCUGUGAGAAAAUAUUUGAGAUUGCAGUUGGAGUGGCUCGUGGAAUCCAAUAUCUCCAUCAAGGAUGUGACAUGCGAAUUUUGCAUUUUGACCUCAAGCCUCACAACAUUCUUCUUGACGAGAAUUUUACUGCCAAGGUUUCUGAUUUUGGAUUAGCAAGGCUAUACCCAUUGGAUAACAGCAUUGUGUCUUUGACUGCAGCAAGAGGAACCAUAGGAUACAUGGCUCCAGAGUUAUUCUACAAAAACAUUGGAGGUGUAUCAUACAAAGCAGAUGUAUAUAGUUUUGGAAUGUUAAUGUUGGAAAUGGCAGGUAGAAGGAAGAACUUGAAUGCAGCCAUAGGUCAUUCAAGCGAAUUUAGCCAAAUCUACUUUCCUACAUGGGUUGCUGAUCAAUUGAAUCAAGGGAAGGAGAUCGAAAUAGGAGAUGCCACUGAAGAUGAAAUGAAAAUCAUAAAGAAGAUGAUCAUAGUGGCAUUGUGGUGCAUACAAAUGAAACCUAUUGAACGCCCUUCAAUGAGCAUAGUAGUAGAAAUGCUUGAAGGAGAAAUUGAGAGCCUCCAAAUACCUCCAAAGCCUUUCUUAUAUCCACAGCAAAUACCAGUCGAUGAUGUUGAGGACAAUUUAAGUACCACAAGUGCAUCAAGAAUGACAGAAUCUACAGAGAUCAAUUUGAGUGCAGAUGCAAAUUAAGUGAAUUUAUAUUUGUCAAUAUGUGGAUGUAAGGGCCAUGAAACUUCUCAAUAAAUUGAUAGCAUAAAAACA